UAAAUAAUUGAAAAAAAUUCGUCAUUUUCAUUUAAUGCAGGGAAAGAAGAAACAAGACUCUUCUUUGUUUGCAUCUCCUCUCUCGGUUCCUCCGUGAUCGUCAUCGACCAUUCUUUCCCCUUUUGUUGGUUUUCGGAAAUAGUUUGUACGAUUUCCUUCAACUUCUUGAAAUUCGCUACUGUCCAGCGUUGAAUUUUUGGCGUUUUUUCUUUUCCGAAUAUGAGGACGGUGUGGCUAUGAGGAGGCUGUGGUGUGAUUAUCGUCUUGGGGAUUACAGAGUUGUUUCCGUUGAAGAAAUUGGGAGAAAUAUAUAGGUGUAAUUGUGGAUGAAAUGGAGGAAUUGCCGGGGGCGCUGGGAACAAGUGGGAGCUUGGCUCUGAGGUUGGGCCAGGUCAUAUUCGCUGUGGCUUCGUUGCUGUUCAUGUGUUUAGAUGUCGAGUUCUACAGUUACACUGCCUUCUGAACUUGGAUAUGCAUUCAGUGGCUAUUUCUUUCGAUUUUACAGCUUCUUGGUGACGGUUAUGGGGCUGAUAAUUCCAUGGAGCUUGACCUUGGCAAUUGUGGACAUAUUCUCAGUUUUCAUCAAACGUCCAGCUCGCCAGUCGGGGAUACUUUCGAUUGUAGUCUUAGGAGAUUGGGUCCUAUCCUUUCUAUCGCUGGCAGCGUCGUGCUCGACUGCCAGUGUGAGUAGCCUUCUGCUCGCUGCCGAAGGAUUUUGCGGGCGAAAGCUAUGCACCAGAUAUCAACUGUCAGCUGCCAUGGCCUUCUUGUCGUGGUUUCUAUCACUCUCCUCGUCCCUCUUCAAUCUCUGGCUUCUUCCAUCAGUAGCGUAGCUAAGAUCAGGUCUGUCUAUUCCUACAUGAUUUAGUUUAUUCAGUACCAUUCAGCUCGUAUGGUUCUGUUCUGCUCUGUUCUUGUACCUAUUUGUGUUUGUUUGUUUAUGCAUAAUAUGCCAAGUGUACAGAUACUGAAAUUUACAGUGUAGAAGAAAAAUAAAUUUGGGCUUUUUGUUAGCAGGAAAUUGGGCCAUGCAUAUAAGGUUGGGC